AAUCAUUUUGCAUCAGCUAUCUAAAGUUAGUCAAUGGUGGUUAUGCUUAGUGUGAGGAUCUGGGUGGUGCAUUCAGAGGCUCAGCUACAUCAUAUGUUAAUGUUCUUUCACAUAUUAUGCUCAGAGGCUGUGUGAUGCCCUUGGGAGUGAAACCUGGCUUUCUUUUCAUGUAUACAUUUUGUUUAGCUUUAAACUUUGUAGAAGCACAACUUAUCAUAGGUUAACUGUGGCAGUCAUACAGGUCUACGUUGGUGGUUGGGAACACUAUGAUUAUCUCUGAAAAUAUGACAACACAGUUUGGAAGCCUUGGUUUGUGGAAUUUAUCGUCUUUGAAACUGUCUUCUCGAACAUUGUAGGAGUCUGGGCAAGAUCUCAAAGGACAGUUUGCUGGGAUUCCUGAAAUAUCUUGUGUAUAUUAUUGGCAACGAAUGGCUGUUAUUUUGCCACUAGAAACGGAUUAUACUGAUGUUUACAUUUCCAUUUUUAGGAGAACCUGUGCAAGAUUCAGCAGACAGCGGCACAAACUUGAAGAUUGGGUUAAACUGGAUGGCAUAAAACCAUCCUCAACGCUAUACGUACUUUGGUUUUCAAUUCAGCAUGUACAGGAAAUUCUCUCGGGACAACGAAAUGAUGGCGCUCAUGCCCUAAACCACACAUCUCCUGGUCAGUCGUCGCUGUCUGAGCCCUCCACCCAGCCAAGUCUCUCUGUGUCCUCCACCCACUCACUGCUGUCUGAGCCCUCUCUCCAGCCACUGCCAUCUGAGAACUCUAUCCAGCCAUCGCUCACUCUGAUCUCACAACCGCAAGAAAUCCUGACUGUUGAAGAACCAUCACUCCCUCCUUCACCUGUCCAGGAACCAAUCAUUCAUCUUGACGAACAAGAGACCGUUUCACAAAAUCAGUCUCCUGUAUCGACACAUCACCUUGGAGGACCUGUGGAUGAGAUUGAUCUACAGACCAUAUUGCAAAAACUGGUCAACAAAGUAGAUCACAACUUCUCUCCAACAAGCAACCAAAUAAAUGUGUGCCGGGACAAUGUUUUACUAUGUAGCCUGCGGGCGUUUAAACGGAAGUCCUUCGACCCUGAAGCAAAACUGGAUGUUGUCUUUGUGGAUGAAGAUGACAAUGGUGAAGGGGCAGUUGACGAAGGCGGCCCGACCAGAGAGUACCUAAGGCUGUUGAUGAGGGCUGUCCACCAAUCAAACAUCUUUGAUGGACAUGAGAAAGACCGGCAGUUGCGUCUUGAUACUCAAGCUUUACAGAGUAAACUGUACACCUGGGUGGGGAAAAUGAUUGCUGUGUGCGUCAUUCAUGGAGGAGUUGGUCCACAUUUCUUCUCGGAAAGGCUUUUCCAGCAAAUCUGUGGAGUAGAAACGACCCCGGCCACGGUCGAUGAAGUUGGCGACCAUACUUUUAGGCAGCAGUUGAUGAAAAUACAGGAAGCAACAACAGUCGGAGAGGCAAACGACACAAUUACAGAGGCAGCAGAUAGUCUCAAUAUUGUAGGGGCCUUGAGACAUGUGUCCACCCUUGAAGAGAAGGACUCCCUUGUCAAGUCAGCUGCUGACUUCUUUGUAAACGGCAGAUUGGCGACUGCCCUGGACCAGUUUGCUGAUGGGUUACAAACCCUUGGAUUACUCCAAGAGAUUAGGGAGAAUCCGGCAGUAUUCUUCCAUUUCUUUGUAAAUGAGGAAUUUCCCCUUCAGGCAAAGGACCUGUGCAAGCUAUUUGUUGUAGACUUCUCAGUGCAAGGCAGCAACCGGAGAAACCGUGAAAAUGCAACCAUCUGCUUCUGGCGUGACUGGUUGAUUGACGUAGAAGAAGGAGAAUGCAGUCCAGUCACCCUUGAGAGGGUAUUGGAAUUUUCAUCUGGAGCCUCUAAAGUCCCUCCACUGGGAUUUCCAUACCCUCCUCAAAUCCAGUUCAUUCAUGAAGACAACCGAAUCUUCCCUGAAGCAAACACCUGUAUUAUUAUAUUACGCCUGCCGCUGCAUUCUUCCUAUGAAUGUUUUAAAAAAUACAUGAUGGAGGGAAUUCUGCAAGCGCCGACCUUUGGUCUUGCAUAAUGUUGUUUGUUUUUCAUUCAUUGCAGGUUGUUGGAGGGCAUGCCUCUAUUGUUCCAAUUGAUCAACUCAUACACACUCAUACGCUCUCACUCAUACACUCUCUCUCUCACACUCAUACGCUCUCACUCAUACACUCUCUCUCUCACAC